CCUUUCUGUGUCGUUGUCCAAUUAGAGAUCGAUCUGUUGUGCUCAUCUGGAAGAGAAAUGCGUCAGUUUGAAAACAGAAACUCCUGAUUUCUGUAUUUAAACUCACUGUGAGUUCCUCUUUGAACAGAGGCAGCUCAGCUGAAUCGACAGAACGUUCACGGAGAUUCCUAGAACUCUCUGAGUUCCUGAGCUGGAAUGGCUCCCACCGCAACAGACAGCACCAGCUCUAACCCUGCCACAUCAAGGAGCAGGCAGAAGAAGAGCAUACCAGCCACAGAGAUUAACAAGAAGGGUUACACGACCUCAGUCGCAACUGUACAGGAAGAUGCAAGGAGCUCAGCACCAAGGCGCCAGACUCCACCUACCAAUAUCUGGGGACCAGGGGGGGUCAUAGCUCCUAUCAGGGCACCAAGAGUGAGGACCACAGAUGCAGGUGGUGCCAGGAAGAAAACCUCACGUGAUACACCUGUCAGAGCAGACGUGAGGCGUGGGACACUCCUGGCAGCACAAGGCCCACAGCAGAGCACCCCCAGGCAGGGGCAGUCUGAACGUUCCCUACCUAAACCAGAGGAGGUGCCCUUGGGUGUGGCUGUGAAGAUGGAGAGGCCCAUGGUGGAAGAGGUGGAGCGACAGACCCGUGGUCAGAGGGAGAACCCCAGCUGGUUCGCCUGGCGUCAGAACCGGAUCACCGCCUCCAUAGCCCACCAAAUCUCACGCAGCCGCUUUGCCAAUGGACAAAGCAAGACUCCGCCCGCCUCCUACCUGGCGUCCAUCAUUGGACCGAGCCGGGGUGUGAAGACACGCGCCAUGACAUGGGGCAUCGAGAGGGAGUCCAUGGUCGUCCGCAAGUACCAGCGCCUGAAGAGCGAGUCGCUGGGCCGCCGAAUAAAAGUGCAGGAGUGUGGCCUGUUCGUCGACCCCAAUUGCUCCUGGCUGGCAGCCAGCCCUGACGGCAUAGUGGAGGACGAGGAGACGGGGGAGCGUCUGCUCUGCCUGGAGAUCAAGUGUCCUUACAAACACCGGCAGCACACGGUGGCAGAGGCCUGCAAGGAAGACCGCAACUUCUGUCUGGAGCUAAAGAACGAGGCUGGGAAGGGGGUGCCACAGUACCGACUGAAAACUGGUCACAGCUACUACACGCAGGUGCAGUGCCAGAUGGCCGUGGUGGGGCUGCACAAGGCCGACUUUGUGGUGUUUACCCUGAAAGAGACUGCCAUAGUACCAGUGACCUUUGACCCUGAGUUCUGGGAACGCACAGUGGCUAAGAUGGAGAAGUUCUACAGGGAUGCGGUCCUGCCAGCCCUGCAGGAGAAACAGCCAGUGGUCCCACUCCUGAGGAGUGAAGAGUAGUGCCAUAUCUGGGGACCAGUCUCCGAUUUGCACCUUUGCUUGUCACUUGGGCGACAAGUAAACCAAUCAGCGUUCAGAGCUGUACAGGAAGCCGUGAGGUCAGAGAUAAAGCUGGAGAAUGGGAGCGCUUGCUUGAAAAUUUUCGAGGCACUAACUGUAACUGUAACAGUUAUAAGGACCUAAUAAGUAAUAAGCAAUUCAUAGAAUGGUAUGAUUGGGGUGGUUUGUGGCUCACAGAAAAUGUAAAUGCAAGCCAGUAGGAAAAAGCUUUUUGAAAUGCUUAUGGAAAUGCAUACUGAAUGUGUAGAGGUCAAAGUAGAUGAUGGCAUCAAGUUGUCUUUUGAAAAA